AUGCCUCCUAAACAGGCCCCUACCCCGGUUAAACCCCCUCCCAGUCGAAAAGGCACAAUUAUAAAGCCGCGCGAACAGACGAAAUCUUCUGUCAUUCCUCCUUCCACAUCCUCCAAACCUCCGUAUCCCACAUAUGACGCCCCUUCAGCAGAGACGCAUAUAAAAAUCAACCUCCAGAACCAAAAAUUCGAUGUCGCGGAGUACACGAAAAUACUGGAAGACCGAUCCAACACCGCUUCCUCCCCCUCCUCGUCGUCUUCUCUAACUUCCACUGCCUCUUCAUUCUCAUCUAAAAACGGGAAAUCCUUCACCCCAUCUUCCGAUCUCUCCCAGACAACAUCCACAAGUUCAUCUCUUUCCGCAAAUCUGUCCAGCUUUUUCCGCUCCUCCAGAUUCCGUCGGGUCGCUCUCCGCUUUGGAGGAUACGGCGUAAUCACGGUGGGCGGCCUUCUUCUUCUCUCAGACCACCUCGUACAGGUGAUGUGGGUGAAUGGCCCUUCAAUGACACCUUGCUUGAAUGAAGGCUAUGGAGAGACAAAUCUUGUCAAAGACAUGAUAUUAGUGAAGAAGUGGGAGCCGACGCGGAAUCUUAAAAGGGGGAUGGUUGUUACAUUCCCCUCUGCCGGGUGA